ACUGAGUUUGAUAUUGUUCUGAGUUUCCUUCUUCUUUUCUUCUUGUGAGCUUUUGGGUAUAUUGUCUUACAAGGGCUUUGUAUUCUUCUUGGAUUGGGUUAAUCCUUGAAGGGGUUGAGUGAGUUGAGAUUCACUUGUAAGGGUUUAAUCUUGCACCCGUAAGCAAGAGUUUGUUCCGGUUUAAUCUUGCACCCGUAAGCAAGAGAUUUUUAGUGGAUUGAACUCUCGAGCAAGGAGACUUGGGGAGUGGACCUUAUAAAUUGCAAAUUUGAUUUAAGUCUUGAAAGAAAAAGAAACAAGUUUUUAAGUGUAAAUUGAUAAGACCCAAUUCAACCCCCUUCUUGGGUAACUAGCUGGGAUUACAAUUGGUAUCAGAGCAGGUUCUCUUAGAAAUAGGUUUAACAAUCUUGAGUAGAUCCAUGACUUUCCAAGCUCAUUUUGUUGAAGGUCAUUCAAUCACUAGGCCACCUUAUUUUGAUGGAACAAAUUACCAAUACUGGAAAAAUAGGAUGCAAAUUUGGUUAGAAGCAAAUAGCUAUGAGAUGUGGGAUUGCAUUGCUAGAGGACCUUAUAAAGUAUUAGCUAGAGACCAGAAUAACCAACUUGUUCCUAAGGAUCUUGCAUCAUAUGAUCAAGCUGAAAAAAAGAAACUGCAGAUAAAUGCUCAAGCUAAAAAUGCAUUGUUCUGUGCUUUACAUCCUAGUGAAUAUGAUAGAAUUAGUGCAUGUGAUUCUGCUAAGAAAAUGUGGGAUAAAUUACAAGUGGCUCAUGAAGGAACUAAUGAAGUCAAGAAAUCAAAAAUUAACAUGUUGGUUCAAAAAUAUGAGCUAUUCAAAAUGAAAUCAGAUGAAGACAUUAAAGACAUGUUUACUCGUUUUAGCAAAAUCACUAAUGAAUUAAAGCUUUUUGAUAUGGUGCUUUCGGAGGAAGAUAAGGUCAGAAAAAUUCUUCGCUUCUUGCCAAAAUCCUGGAGCUCAAUCAAGAUGACAAUAGAAGAAGCUCAUGAUUUAAGUGCCAUGACUGUUGAGAUGCUACAAGGGAAGCUUCUUACACAUGAAAUGGCCAUGAAAAAUGAUAAAAGUGAUGAUGAUUCUCGGAAGAAGAAAUCUGUAGCUUUCAAAAGCUCCUCCACAAAUGAAAGUGACAGUGAUGAAAAGGAUGAUGAAGAAUUUAUAGUGCUUGCUCGAAAGUUUAAGAGUUUCCUAAAGAAAGACAAGCUGAAGAAUCAAGAAUAACAAAAGAAAAAUUACAAAAGCAGUAAAGGAAAGGGAGAAAUCAAUAAAAAGAAUGAAAUUAUCUGUUACAAAUGUAAGAAGGCUGGACAUAUUAAAUCUGAGUGUCCAAACAAUGGUGAAAAAAGUCUAAAAGCCAAAAAGAAAAGAAGGCAAUGGUUGCCACAUGGAGCUGCAGUGAGGACUCAUCUUCUAGUAAAGAAGUAAGUGACAU